AUGCCGGCGAACGCCACCCCGGACAACUUCGGAACGGAGACGCCGCCGCGCACGGACAAGCUCAAGCCACUUUCCAGGCCGCCGACUCCAGACAAGACUCCCAGACGGCGUCUUAUUGACGGAGGUCCGGAGAAGCCGCAGCAACUGCAGCCGCUCCACGAAAGAUCGCAAGCGGAAGCUGAAGAGCCCAAAGAGGAGGCAGAGCCGGCCGGCAAAGUACCGCCGAAGCCCUGGAGCCCCAGGAUACCUGCAAAGUCCAGGCAGGGGCCUCCGAAUGACAGCCCGACUGGAAGGUUGUCACCGCCGUCGACGGAUCGGGCGACGCCGGAGACCUUUCCCCGGCCGCUGCCCCGCAUGGCAGCCACCUUGCUGCCGAGCGUGCGGCCCAAGUCGGCGACUCUAGCCCUCGCCAAGAGUACAUUUUUAGGGUUUAGGGUUUAA